ACACACUCACACACACACACACACACGGUAGAGACGUCCAAAUGUAUAGAGGCAAACACACACAAAGCAACACAUCCACAUACAGUACAUGGGAUUCCAUUGUGGACUCAGCCCAGGGCAAGUGAAGGAGGGAAAGACCCAGGCAGGGUGAGCGAGCGAGAGAGAGAGAGAGAGACUACAAAAGUGAGAGUCACCCCCGACGUCCACUCUCACGCACCCGCAAAGUGCGUCCGGACUGCAAGCAACUUGCUGACUUUCUCUCUGGGUUUUUUUUCGGGGUCAAAAGUCAUCCAGAACUUUUGGAGCGCUUUCCUUGGAUUCCGUGACCCGUCGCCACUUCCCGCAGGCGCAGCCAGAAAGACUGGGCUUCAUCAUCCCGCCUUGCUCAAGGGCGUUUGCUCGGACCGGCCCCACCGUGCCGCUCGUCGGCCCAAGCGCAAGUUUCCCAGCUUCGAGCCCGCAGGCGACAUCGCGCCAUCAACGAGAUCGUCAGACAAGAACGUGACUUUGGCCGAGUGGUAGCCGGCAUCCAAACAGCCAGUGAGGAAAUCAAUGGCAGACUGGAGUCUGCUGGGAAACUUCCUGGAGGAAGUACAGGAACACUCCACCUCCAUUGGCAAGGUGUGGUUGACCAUCCUGUUCAUCUUCCGCAUCCUGGUCCUCGGGACGGCGGCCGAGUCGUCUUGGGGUGACGAGCAGGAGGACUUCAACUGCGACACGGAGCAGCCCGGCUGCGAGAACGUUUGCUACGACAAGGCCUUCCCCAUCGCGCACAUACGAUACUGGGUGCUGCAGAUCGUGUUCGUUUCCACGCCCAGCCUGGUGUACAUGGGCCACGCCAUGCACACGGUGCGGCGGGAGGAGAAGCGGCGCAACCGAGAGGAGGAGGAGGAGGAUGACGACGACCCAGGAGGGGGCGACGACGAUGAGGAGCAAGGCGGCAAGGAUGACAAGGAAUCGGCCAAGGGAAAGAAAUCGAGACCGUCGGCGGGAAGGGUGCGCCUCAAGGGGGCGCUGCUGCAGACCUACGUGCUGAGUAUCCUCAUCAGGAGCAUCAUGGAGGUGGUGUUUCUCUGCCUCCAGUACUUCCUGUAUGGAAUAUUCCUGAACCCUCUUUAUGUGUGCAAGGCUUGGCCGUGUCCGCACCUGGUCAACUGUUACGUUUCACGGCCCACCGAGAAGAACGUCUUCAUCGUGUUCAUGUUGGCCGUGUCGGGCGUGUCGCUGGUGCUCAGCGUGCUGGAGCUCCACCACCUGGCCUGGAGGCAUUGCUGCAGGCGCUUUUUAGUGUCCAGGAAACUGGCGGCCGCCACCGAGACAACUCAACCCAAACAAGUCCACAUGUCUCCGCCUCCGCCGCGGCCGUCCACCCCGCCUCCCGAAUUCAGCCAAUGCGUGAUGGGCUCCUCUCACUUCCUGGCGCUGCCCUUCCCCAACCACCGGCUGGCCCACCAGCAGAACUCGGUCAACAUGGCGGCCGAGCAGCACAAGAUGACGGCGGGCGCAGGCGGCGACGAGGGCCUACUGCCGAUGAGCUGUUACUCGGUCGGCUGGCGCGGCGCCGCCGACGUGGCCGCCUGCUACGACGCCGCCGACUGCCUGCGGAUCCAAAAUCCCGGCGGCGCCGAGCGUCUGCUGCUGUGCGCCACCGAUGCCGUCGCUUGCCCCAAGGACAAACGGCGACUGAGCAAAACCAGCGGCGGCAGCGGGCGAACGCGAGCCGAUGACCUCGCCAUCUGACAACGAAGGCCCGCUCGGCUCCCGGCUCAAACUUGUGACGCGCGCAAUCGACACUGCGGUCCUUCAUCUUGAAGCCUCCGAGGAGCGUUCCGCUCUUUACACCUGACCCCCUGGUAAUAAAACCAACUGAAAGCAUAAUGGUGGGACUCGGGCUAAACGGUCCAAUUUUAACUUUUCAAAGACAAACAAGAAGGGCUGCGGGCAGGCCACCAAAAUAAAAGGUCAUCGAGAAGGCCGUGUAUUUGGCUACGCCACUGAACAGCAACUGGAGCACUUCACAAUCAAUAUCUAUCUCGUAAUGUGUUGAAAAUAUAUCCUGCUGACGAGAGGGGCUGAUUAUUAUCUUUUAGUAUCCACCGAUACUAUGGACUGAUACCUCUCGUACUUUUCAUUAAAAAAAAAAAGUCAUUUAACACAAUGCCAAAAAAUUGUGAAGAAAGGCCUUUCUUUCUGAAGCAGAUGCCACAGUAUAGCGCCUGCUACUGGCUUGUUCAAAACUGAUUGUGUCAGGCUGUCGGCAUCAAACCGUACACAGUCAAAAUGUUAAUAAUAAUGCAUCAGAUUUAUGCAUCAGCUUCUCACUGCCGUCUAUACUCCCUUUGAAAAGUAAUCCGACGGACACUUGAGCGUAUUAGCGCUGCUAGACGCUAGCGUCGCCACCGCUAAACGCUAACACCAGGCGCCGUGCAAUACAGUGUCAGCCUAAUUCUGAUGAACAUUUGAUGAGAACACAUGUGGGUAAUGGCAGUGGACAUCAAGUGAUGAGCAGAUCCACAACUCUGCCUUGGAUGUUACCAACUUUUGACAAAAAAAAACUGAGGACAUCAAACCAGAAUGCUGAAACUAUCAUAACAACGUGCCUUUGCUAUUCAAGUAUUCAUUCACCAUAGUUCUCACACAUUCAUGCUUACAACUAAUCUUGAAAAAACAAACGUACAAAAAAAAAAUAGAAAGAUAUAUUUUGCAGGAUUUUGUUUCUUGGAAAAAAACAUUUUUUUCUGUAUUAUUUUUUCCAAGAUUUCUUUCUAUGAGUGUUUAUUCUUGUAAUCUUUUUUCGGUAAUAAAAUAUGACUUUUCGG